UUAAUUUCAAAUAUGAAGCGUCACGAAGCCAACCCUUACAUCUUCGUCUCAAACUCCCUUUCCAGUUUUCAUCAUCAUAUUUGAAUUUUCCUUCUUUCAGUCACUCAGAUACACACGUAUCAAGGUCCGAGAAUGGAGAUGGCACACAGCCACCGGCUUCCUCUCAGGAGCAUCAAUCAGAAUAUUAUGGACAAGGACAAGCCUUGUAUUCCCAAUAAAGUGUCUCUUUCUGGGAACCAGAACCUGUUAGCCUCGACCCCGAGUAACCAGUUAGAUUCUGCUAUCAUAGAUAAUGGUGAGUACGAGGAUGCAGUUCCAGUAUUUGUGAAGCACACUGAAGCGAUGCUAGAUGAAAUUGACAUGAUAGAGGAAAUUGAAAUGGAAGAUGUGGAGGAACCUAUUAUGGACAUCGACGCUUGUGAUAGGAAUGAUCCGCUUGCAGUUGUUGAGUACAUAGAUGAUAUCUACUGUUUUUACAAGAAAACUGAGAAAUCUAGCUGCGUCUCUCCAGCUUACAUGACUAGUCAGUUUGACAUUAAUGAGAAGAUGAGGGCCAUUCUUAUGGACUGGCUUAUUGAGGUUCACUAUAAAUUUGAGCUUUUGGAGGAGACCUUGUUUCUCACUGUCAAUCUCAUAGACAGGUUCUUGGCAUGUCAGACAGUGAUAAGAAAAAAGCUUCAGCUGGUUGGUGUAACCGCCAUGCUAAUAGCUUGCAAGUAUGAGGAGGUAUCAGUCCCCACAGUUGAGGAUUUUAUUCUGAUAACAGACAAGGCAUACACAAGAAAUGAAGUUUUGAAUAUGGAGAAGCUAAUGGUGAACACCUUGCAAUUCAACUUGUCUGUGCCUACUCCGUAUGUGUUUAUGAGAAGAUUUCUUAAGGCAGCUUAUUCUGACAAAAAGCUGGAGCUCUUGUCCUUCUUCUUGAUCGAACUUUGCUUGGUGGAGUGCAAAAUGCUGAAGUUUUCACCAUCUCUGCUAGCUGCUGCAGCCAUAUACACAGCUCAAUGCAGUCUAUACCAGUUUAAGCAAUGGACUAAGACCAGCGAGUGGUAUACUGGUUACUCAGAAGAGCAGCUUCUAGAAUGCUCAAGGCUGAUGGUUACUUACCAUCAGAAAGCUGGAUCAGGGAAACUCACUGGAGUAUAUAGGAAGUACAGUUCGUUGAAGUAUGGUUGUGCUGCAAAAGUAGAACCAGCCCAUUUCGUACUGGAUGGUAAUUAAGGAAUCAAUGCAUGUCAUUUCACAGAACGUGUUUGAGGUUUUUUUGCUUGUAUAAACCUAGCAACAGAAGUUGCAGCAUCCUUACCCUUUUUAAUCUUUCUUUCUUUUCAAAUUUUGGUCUGUAUAUGUCUGUGCGGAUGUGCAGUUUAUUGAAUAGAGUACUUUUCUCUAUCAGGAAUCUAUGUUAUUUUCAUAUUGCAAGUAA